UAAUAAUGUUUUUUUAAAGAAAACCAAUUAUUACACUUUGUUGUCAUGGGACGUUUCAAAUCCUAAGGAUUUACUGACGCAGUAAUCUGUUAAAUACAUUCUCGGAUGUUAUUCUAUCAUUAUACUUGAAAUGCUAAAUAUAUUAACAUUUACUUGAUAUUUUAGACAAAUUACACACAUGUGGUAUACGACGCGCCUUGGUAGGCGUGGCACAGCAAAGGUGAACAGGAAGCGAAUUUGGAAAAGUUGGGUUUGUUUUUCUCUUGCGUAGAGUUUGAAAAAAAGGCUGCUUUAAGUUUUUGUGGUCCAGGCCUCCACUUUGUUCGUGAGAAUCUGUAAUAGGAUUCCUGUCCAUAAUCUUCUGUAAGCAGAAGGAGAUGCCACAGAGGGAAACACACAAACAGAGGAGCAAUGAUGUGUAUGCAGAGCACAUGAACAGAGAUUACAGUCACAAUGGAAAACAUUCUCUGUACCAUGGCCAAAGUCCCUAUUAUGAGACAAAAGUUGUGGAGAAGAGAAGCUCAAAUGAUGACCGGAGGGCCAAGAAAAACACACAUGAAAUGAGAAGCGUCUCCCAAAAGCGGCCGUCUUAUGAAGACACCGGAACAGCCUCCAGCAUGUUUACAGGAAGUUCAGUGUAUCACUCUGAAAGAGAGUCCUAUGAGCAGCAGCAGCACAGACAGGCUCUGUACAAUUUCAGAUACAUCUUAACUACAAGAGGUCUCUGCCAGAUCACAGAAGUGUUCCUGAAUCUGAUCAUGGUAAUCUGUGCCGGAGUGCCGUACAGCAACAAUGGGGGUUACCGUGACUUGGCCAGUCUCGGAGGAAUCUACAGUUAUUACUUUGGGGGUGCCGGUGCCUUCACUGGGACUGAUGCAGAGAGAGUGAAACAGCUUGAUCAACAGUUCCAUCAGAUCCAGAAGCCCCCUUAUGUCAUGCUCAUGGCCUGUGGCGGGGCUUUUAUGACGUAUGCUUGUGCUAUGCUUGCGCUGGGAGUUUUCAGAGUCCCUUACCGUUGGCCCCCCAUGCUGGUUGUGGAGGCUGUGAUGAAUUUCCUGAUAGGCCUUGGAUACAUCCUUCUAAUUGCUUUUUACUUUCUUGAACUGAGGGGUGUCUACAGCACUGCUGUCUGCAUUGAGAGAGAACAGAUGUACAAGAGUAAAGGCCACAAAGGUUUUGAGUGCCAGUUGAAUGGUGCAGAUAUCGCAGGAGGACUCUUUGGGGUUUUUGGGGUGUGUGUUUUCAUCUUUGGUUCAGUGGUAGCAGUCAGAGCUUUUAGGUCAGUCCGAAAGCUGAAGAAGGAACGAGCAAAUGAGGAAGCAAACGUUUAACACAACUCUUCUUGUGUUCGUUUUUUUGUUACUGAUGUAUGAACUUUUAUCAAUUUUUAUGCUUUGAUUUUACACCAUUGUUUGUAGUACUUUUGUAUCACAUAAUCAAUUUUAUUCAUGUUAACUUCUUAAUUCUUUUAACCCUGAAUCUUUUGUAAAGAAACAAUAAAAUGCUCAAAAUCUGAUCAUUGUUUUUUCAAUGAAAUCAAAUGCCUCAUUCAGACAGCAGCAACAGUGAAAACUAAACAAACUCUUUUAACCCCAACCCUUCUCCUUCAAUGUUAUUUGAAUUAUCAUGAAAAACUUUUAAUCCCACAUAUAUAAACUAUUAGCUUUUUUAUGUCGAUUUGUUUGUACUCAGUCAAAGAUUUUGUCCAAUUUAUGAUGUCAACUCAUGUUUUGUAAUGUUCUAAUUGUUCAAUAAAAAAAUCAUCUUUAUGAG